CUGUUUUACGGCUGAGGCUCGCGGGCGCUGCGCGGAGGACUGAGCGGAGGCGCGGCCUGCCUCCCUCCACAGAGCGGCGCGCCCUCUCGGCCGACCCGCGGGGAACGAGAGCCAGGCUGCUUCGCGGUGCCACGGCGCACGCUUCCUGGGAGUUGGUGAUUGUCUUUGAAGAAACAUGAAGUCACGCUCUGUUGUUAUGCUUACUGUAGCCAUCCUGGUGUUCCUGACAUGGGUCCCAGUGUCACUGAGUUGUAACAAAGCACUCUGUGCUAGUGAUGUGAGCAAAUGCCUCAUUCAGGAGCUCUGCCAAUGCCGACCUGGAGAAGGAAAUUGUUCUUGCUGUAAAGAGUGUAUGCUGUGUCUCGGGACGCUUUGGGAUGAGUGCUGUGACUGCGUUGGUAUGUGUAAUCCUCGAAACUACAGUGACACGCCUCCAACUUCAAAGAGCACAGUGGAGGAGCUUCAUGAACCCAUCCCUUCUCUCUUCCGGGCACUCACAGAAGGAGACACUCAGUUGAACUGGAACAUUGUUUCCUUCCCUGUUGCAGAAGAACUUUCACAUCAUGAGAAUCUUGUUUCAUUUUUAGAAACUGUGAACCAGCCACACCACCAAAAUGUGUCUGUUCCCAGCAAUAAUGUUCAUGCACCUUAUUCCAGUGACAAAGAACACAUGUGUACUGUGGUUUAUUUUGAUGACUGCAUGUCCAUACAUCAGUGUAAAAUAUCCUGCGAGUCCAUGGGGGCAUCCAAAUAUCGCUGGUUCCAUAACGCCUGCUGUGAGUGCAUUGGUCCAGAGUGUAUCGACUAUGGUAGUAAAACUGUCAAAUGUAUGAACUGCAUGUUUUAAAGAAGGAAAUGGUAUGCACACCAAAGCAAUUUAGUCAAGGGUAUGAAAAGCUAUUCAAUGAUGUCUACUGGUUGCAUCUGAAUGCCAGCAGGUUAGGAAGGUGUGAAGAGUUUGGAUUGAGUUACUUCUAAAGUAUGACAAAUCCGGGAUUGUGUUAAAUUAUGAUUAUAACUGCUCUUAUUGAUCUUACUGCCCGCUGCUAGCGAUAAGCCCUUUUCUUCUAAACACAUGUACAGCUUUGAUCACGUGAGAAGCAAGUGCAUAGAGAACACCCUGAGAGAGGAGAGGUUUCUAACACAAAGCCUGGUGUCAUUUUCUUGUCGCAUUACAGAAACCUUUUGCGUCAAAGGUUUACAGCAUGUUAACAUAAGUUACGAUUUCUUCAUUGUACUACUCCUAGGACACUGAGUUUUUAGAGUUGUUUGCCAUUUUUCACUGUGCCUGGUAUUAUUUACCUGUUCUAUAAGUAGGGUAGAUAUUCAAAUAUAUCACCCUGUGUUCUCACCAAAAAAAUCACCAUAAAAAGCUUAAUUUCAAACCUCUUUAUGUUGGUUUUAGAAGGGAAAUGCUUACUGUAUUUUACAAUCUAAAACUCUUCCAUAGCCAAAUCCACCCUACGCUACACAUACCGACAAAGCUGUAGGGAAAGUUUCUCCUCCUCCUCCAUCCCCGGCCCAAAGUACUGCUGUAGGUAGUGAUGAAGUAUCUUUACCAAGAAUUGCAGGGCACACCUAUGAGGCUUUGUGAAAUACAUUGCUAGGGUAAAUAAGAAGGGAGAGCUUUCCUCUGACUUAAGGUACAAGCUUAAAGAGCUCCAGGAAUGGGGCUGCCAACCGGAUUCCAGGGAAGUUUUAUGGAAAUGGCAGGGCUGUGCUAGCUGGACAGUGGGGAUGAGCCUGCUCAGCCUUCGCGCCACGUUCUCCAGUGGAUGGGUGGUUGGAGCGGAUAAAGCAGAGAAUUCCAGGUGUGA